CUAAUGGCUAUCAGAUGAAAUAAUAAUGUCGAGGGAUUUAUUUCGCAAAUAUAAAUUAACCAUGCUGUGAUCUGCAGUUCUAAUCACAUCUAUUAUCACUUUAUAAUAAACGGUCUUCGUCCUAGAUUGAGGUAUUUACACUUGCUCGAUGCGAUUACCGAAAAGAUAACCUCUCUCGAUGUUUUGAAUUUUGGGGAAUCGUGCCAGCGGUGGAUUUGCUAAUUCGUAUUGUAAACGAGCGACUAUGUUUGACCAAAAAAUCAUAGCAAUCUGUUUUCUCGUGUGCUUUGCAAUAGUAUUUAACUUUUCCCUUCAUCGUAUUGAGGAGGGCCAUGUAGGAGUAUACUUUCGAGGUGGCGCAUUGUUGCCCCAAGUGAGCAAUCCAGGAUUUCACAUGAUGAUACCAUUUCUGACCACGUAUCGUUCAGUUCAAGUAACACUACAGACUGAUGAAGUGAAGAAUGUGCCAUGUGGAACCAGUGGUGGUGUUAUCAUCUAUUUUGAUCGUAUAGAAGUUGUGAAUAUAUUGGAUGCAAAUAGCGUCUACAACAUGGUAAAAAACUUUACGGCAGAUUACGAUCGCACUUUAAUUUUUAACAAGAUACACCAUGAGUUGAAUCAAUUUUGUUCUAUACAUACAUUACAUGAAGUAUACAUUGAUUUGUUUGAUCAAAUCGAUGAGAAUCUAAAGACUGCACUUCAAAGAGAUUUAAAUGAAUUAGCGCCUGGUCUUAAUAUACAGGCUGUAAGAGUAACAAAACCAAAAAUUCCCGAAACAAUAAGGAAAAACUAUGAAUUAAUGGAAGCAGAAAAAACGAAACUGUUAAUAUCCACUCAACAUCAAAAAUUAGUAGAGAAAGAUGCUGAGACCGAUCGCAAAAAAGCUAUCAUUGAAGCUGAGAAAGAAGCACUAGUUGCAAAGAUUCAGUAUAAUCAAAAGAUCAUGGAAAAAGAAUCUCUGCAACAAAUGGCUGCAAUAGAGGACGAGAUGCAUUUAGCAAGACAAAAGAGCCGUUCAGAUGCCGAAUUUUACCAGAUGAAAAUGCAAGCUGAGGCAAAUAAACUACUUUUGUCCAAGGAAUUCUUAGAGCUCAAGAAGUAUGAGGCAUUGGCACACAAUACCAAAAUAUAUUAUGGGCAAGACAUUCCAAAAGUAUUUGCAUAUGAAAGUUGCUUGAAUAAUGCCAAGUCUAAUAGUGUUAUUGAACAACAGAAGUGAUAAACAAGUGAAUAAUGCUACAAUUCGUACCUUAUUUCUAUAAUUAUUACGCAAGGUGAAACGUGAGUGAUUUUAUCUUUUUGGACAUAUAUUUUUAUGCAAUAAUAAAAUUGAAAAUUUUCGAAAAUUUACAACUUCUAGUGUUGUGCGCAGGCACAUUUUUUUCUAUGUAAAACGUGUAAAUUAUAUAUCAUUUUAGAAUUCCGCGGAGUGUUACUUAUGCUUCUAAAUUAAUGUGUGAAAUUAAAAUUUUGUAUAAAUAUAUUUAUUAAAUCCAUAUAGAAAUAACAUUACAAUUACAAAUA